CAUCGGCCGUUACAUUCGAAACUCAAAAGAUAAUAAAUACGAAAAUCAGUGAAUUUUGUUUCAGUUGUUUACGAGACGUUGUAGGAGGAGGUUAUGUCACUGGAUGUGAGUGUUGCUUGCUAGGAGUGGAGAUGCAGGUACAACAGAGCUCAGCUGAGGUGAGGUACACCCUCACUAUUCCUCAGCUCUCCUCGUACAGGCAGCUCAGUCAGACUUUCACCUCAGACUUCCCGUUGUCUGUGAACGGUGUGAGGACUUCCUGGCGCCUCACUCUCACACCCUUCCUCAAAGAUAGCGGCUGUGAUAGUCAUGACCCCAUAAACUGUAAUGUUGGUCUAUCACUAGAGUGUCUCAAGUGUAGCAUUUACCUACCUGAUAUUGAGGUGCAUUGUAGUGUAGCGGGCAGAGAUCAGCAUGAGAAAAAGCUUGCCCGAUCUUCUGGUGAUGGACUGAAAUGGCAAGGAAUUCUAGUCACCAGAGUAGCAUUACGUGUGUUUAAACUCUUGGAGGAUGAUGUGUUGACCGCUAACCUACGCUUUGUGGUGUGUGGCAGUGACUUGACUAGAGCAGUGGACUCUCUGGAGAAUCUCAGUCGCCAGUUGGUGGAAAUACACAAGACUGGUAUUUACAGUGAUGUUGAAAUUGUUACUAGUGAUGGUGACAGACUCCCGGCCCACCGUGCAGUGCUGCACGCUCGUUCCAACCUCCUGCAGAAGACUCAGAAGAAACCUGGAAGUGAAAACAUCAGCGCGACACCUCUGGCAGAUCAAGGGACACCCAAAGGUGAAUCUAACCCUCCCAGAACAGAGACUCCGAUCAACAGUACUUUUGGGAGCAUGUCUUCACAGGGAUGCCACUCUGUAACCUUUGUCUCCCCAGAUUCCUCCAACAGCAACACCUGCAGGACAGUCCUGACUUCCACAGCCUCCCACACACCCACCAAAGUUACGUUUGCUCAACACGCUACCAUUUCACCUGCCAGGUGCCUCUUUAGUCCUAACAAAACACCCAGCAAGCGUGCCUUGACUCCCAACACAGCAUCUCCCAGCAAACGACUUCUGACUCAUAGCACACCGUCUGGCAAACACACACAUACUCCCAGCAAUUCAUCUGUGCAAGGCGCCCAUGUCACCAAGAACGCCAGGACACCCUGUAAGAAACUAUACCACAACACUGCAGAUUCCAGAGAUUACCCCCAGAUGCCAGCCACUCUCGACCCCGAGCCAUUCUCAGCUGGCUGUGAUAGUUACUCUCCCACCAGUGCCUCAAGGACUCCACUGAAGCAACUUGACAAUCACCAGUUGAGUGAUACAACAACGAUAUCGAGUAUAAAAGUUCACAUGUCCGGAACAGUCACGCGGCAGCUUCUGCAAUGGAUCUACACGGGUGACUGCUGUGAGCUGGGUCGUCUGGCACGCCCACUGCUGGUAGCUGGUCUACGACACGAGGUGAAGGACCUGUCGUGGGCGUGCGAGGACCACCUGGCAGCCGCCCUCACGCCCACCUCCACACCUGACAUGCUGAUGCUGGCGCACAAGUAUGGUUCCGCUAGACUGCAGGAAGCUGCUCUCCAGUACGCGCUCCACCACGCAGCAGAGGUGACAGCAGAACCUUCAUGGGCGUUGCUAGCUGUGUCAGCCCCUGCCCUCAUUGUUGAGUUCUCACGACGCCUGGCCCACCACGCCCACACAAGGAACUAACACCACAACCACACCAACAACUAACACUACAAUCACAACAACAACUAGCACCACAACCACAACAAACACCACAACCACACCAACAACUAACACCACAACCACACCAACAACUAACACCACAACCACACCAACAACUAACACCACAACACCACACCAACAACUAACACCACAACCACACCAACAACUAACACCACAACCACACCAACAACUAACACCACAAAAACACCAACAACUAACACCACAACCACACCAACAACUAACACCACAACCACACCAACAACAAACACCACAACCACACCAACAACUAACACCACAACCACACCAACAACACCACAACCACACAACAACAAACACCACAACCACACCAACAACACCACAACCACACAGCAACAAACACCACAACCACACCAACAACUAACACCACAACCACACAAACAACUAAAACCAUAACCACACCAACAUCAAACACCACAACCACACUAACAACAAACACCACAACCACACUAACAACAAACACCACAACCACACCAACAACUAAAACCACAACCACACUACAACAAACACCACAACCACACCAACAACUAACACCACAACACCAUUACAGUAUCAGUACGCAGUUACUAAUUAACAGGGAUAAUUUAUACCAUCAUAAGGCUGGUAUUAUCAUUUGUACCAUCACCUGCUGACUCUCUCUCAAUAGUGGGAGCUUCUCAAGAUUACUUGUACUCUGAUAAGAUGGUCGUCAAUGCUAUCACCACUGCUCAGAGUACUUGUACUCAUGAGUACUCACUAAUACGUCCUCUGGAAAGACACACUCAAAACAAUGUAUUUCAAUAAUUUCCUAACUAAAACUCACUUAUGUCAACUUUGAGUAUAUUUUACUUCUUCUAUGCUAUAUAACCCUUACAGGUUUAAUGCUUGAGUUUAGUAUGUGUGUGUGUGUACUCAACUAAUUGUAGUUGCAGGGUCCGAGUCACAGUUCCUGGGUGUGUAUACACUUCACACACUCCCUCAACUCCCUUAUGAUGACAUAUGACACUGUAUCGCCCACACGGGUUUGACGCAUUUUUGUAAAUACUGUAUAAUAUUACCAGUACACACACUCACACACACAUAUUUAGUAUAUUUAAUAUUUAGUGAAGGGAUUCAGUUUGGAGGGAUAUGUUGUGUAUCUUUAUAUGUGUAUGCUUCUAGACUGUUGUAUUCUGAGCACCUCUGCAAAAACAGUGAUAAUGUGCGAGUGUGGUGAAAGUGUUGAAUGAUGAUGAAAGUAUUUUCUUUUUGGGGAUUUUCUUUCUUUUUUGUGUCACCCUGCCUCGGUGGGAGACGGCCGACUUGUUGAAAAAAAAAAAAAAUUCAGGGAAACCGGCUAUUUUUAUAUAGCCGGACUUGAGUCCUGGAAAUGGGAAGUACAAUGCCUGCACUCUAAAGGAGGGGUUUGGGAUAUUGGCAGUUUGGAGGGAUAUGUUGUGUAUCUUUAUGCGUAUGUACUUCUAAGCUGUUGUGUUCUGAGCACCUGCAAA